CACACACACAUACGCACACAUGCACACGCACAAAUACAUUCAUUCAGUUCAAAGUUAGGUGGGUAAAGCUAGAGCUCUCUCAGGAGGAAGUGGAGCUUGUGGUUUCAUACAUCUGAGCCGGCACUGAGAGUGUGUGUGAAUGUGUCCUCAUGGUUCUGCUGGUCCAGAGAAGGACAUGACGCAAGAUAGAUCUGCUAACGGACAGCAGCUGAAGAUCGUGAUCGUAGGGGAUGGAGGUUGUGGGAAAACGUCUCUGCUGAUGGUGUAUGCUAAAGGAGAUUUCCCUGAGACUUAUGCUCCAUCUGUGUUUGAAAAGUACAUGACGACAGUGAAACAUGGUGGGAAAGAGAUACAGUUGAACCUGUAUGACACAGCAGGUCAGGAUGAUUACGACCGGUUGAGACCGCUCUCCUAUCAGGAUGCGAAUCUCAUCCUCGUGUGUUAUGACGUCACAAACCCAACCAGCUACGACAAUGUGUUAAUUAAGUGGUAUCCAGAGGUGAAUCAUUUCUGCCGUGAUGUCCCUGUGGUUCUGAUUGGAUGUAAGACAGAUUUAAGAAAGGACAAAGAGAAAAUGAGGAAACUGAGAGCGCUUGACCUCGAACCAAUCACAUACAUUCAGGGAGAAGAGACACAGCGGACGAUGAAUGCUACACUCUACCUAGAAUGUUCAGCUAAACACCGUGAGAAUGUAGAGGACAUUUUUAAAGAAGCCACUAAGCUGGCAUUGGAUCACAGUCGCAAAUUACGGCAAGUGCGCAAAAAGCGGAGGAAGUGCCAUAUAAUGUAAUGACACCAGGAGAAGCAGUGUUCUUUAGUUUAUGUAGCUUUUUUUUUUUUUACAUUUGAAUGAUUGUAUAAAGACUUUCAGGGAA